AUGUCCCACAGCGUUCGCCGUGCCGCGCUUGGCGUUGCCAGAGACCCAUGGGACGAUGCGCCCAGGCUGAUUAUCCCGCAGUUCAACGCUGUCCCGCUCACAAAAGACCCGCUGCGCCCGCCGUGCAUCGAAAACGCCCGCGAGGGGGUGGUGCGCCUCGAAAAGGGCGACUUUGUCGUCUUACAGCUCCAGUUCCGCGUUGGCGACGACAAGACAAUCGCCAAGGACUGGCAGGCCCUCGACACCCUCGAGUCUACCGCGCUCCCUUGGUCGCCAUGGGACGGGGUGCUCGCGCCUGCCUCCCUCGAUCGUGCUCUGCCCACCGUCGAGUCCGCCCCCGCGAUCAGCUUCGGCCCCAUGGGCGGUCGUUCGCUGCGCGCGCCGUUCGAUCAUGACGCCAUUCACCGGUACUUUGCUGACUUUAUCGAGCACGGUCAGGAUGCGUGCAUGCGCAGCCGCCUGUGCGCGGGGCAUGCGGACUUGGCAGACAAAAUCAACGACUCCGUGUUAACAAUGGGGGAUAAGUUGCUCAAGAGAAUCGCUGAUGACGGCGGCAUGCAUUUGUUAUUGGAGCGCCUGCGUGAAUGCGGCAGGCACGAUAUUGUAGCGAAAUUCCAAUAG